AUGGAGCUACCCGAGCUGCCGGAGUGCCCAGUUUGUCUCCAAAACUACGACGGCGCGUCAACGAUUCCGCGCGUGCUGGGCUGCGGCCACACAGCCUGCGAGGACUGCCUGACCAAGCUGCCCCACCGCUACCCGGAGACGAUUCGCUGCCCGGCGUGUACUCAGCUCGUCAAGUACCCGCCCAACGGCGCCGCCGCGCUGCCCAAGAACAUCGACCUCCUCUCACUCUCCAUCUCCCUCUCUCCGCCACAAAACCCUAACCCCAGUCCCCCUAAGACACGUCAGCAAGAAAAAGUCUGUACCUUUCUGCCGCGGCUCUGGUCCGACGAGUUUUACGACACGUGGAAGGACUGGGUUGUUGGGAACGACGCCGUUUUGGUCGAGACGGAGGAAAGCGGUAAGCUUUGUGAGAAUGGGGCUGAUGUGGGGUUGGUUAAAGUUGGGAGCUUUAAGGAUUUGGGUGAGUCUGAAUUUGAGUUAAGUUAUAAUGUGAAGGUGUUGAAGUGUUUGAGUGAGAUGAGAGAGGAGGAGAGGAGAGAGUUGGGGUUGUUGGUGAGAGGAGGUGUGAGGCAGUGUAGGAGAGUAGGGAGGGUUUAUGGGGUUUGGGGGAAUGUGGAAAGUGGGGUUUUGUGUUUGGUGUGUGAGAGAGGGAGUGGGAGAGUUGAGGAGAAGUUGAAGGAUUUGAGGAAUGGGGGUGGUUUUGGGAGAGAUGGGUUGGGGGGUUUUGGUGCGGUUGGGAUGGGAAUGUGUGAGGCUGUGAUGGGUUUGCAUUUGGUGGGGAUUGUUGGUGGAGGUUUGAGAAAUGAGUGUUUCGGUUUCAAUGAGGUUGGUUGUGUUUUUGUGGAUUUGAGGGAGGUGGUGGUGAUGGGGAGGAGGGUUUGGGGGAGUGUUGGUGGUAGGAAGGGGAAAUGGGAGAUUGGUGAGGAGGAAAUGGGAGAGGUGUUUGGGGGUUUGUUGAGAGAUGGGGAUUUUGUUAGCAUGGAGGUGUUGUUUGAGGUGGUGAAGAGAGAUGGUGUUAAUGUAGAAUGUGAGAGGGUGAAGUAUCCGGUUGGGUGUGGCUCGGAUGUUUGGUCAUUAGGUUGUGUUUUGCUGAGUUUGUUGCUUGGGAAAGAGUUUAGUGAAGAGAUUGGAAAGAUGAAUUAUAUUUGUGAUGAUUCAGCUUAUGCAAGUUGGAUUGAGAGAGUUAGUGAAUUGCUGGACAGUAGGUUGGGUUCUGAAUAUGCAUCACUGAGGGAGACUUUAUUCAAGUGUUUGAAUUAUGAUCCAGCAAGUCGUCCGCUUGUGAUUGAGGUUAUGAGUUGCAUCAGGGAACUGAUUGUUAAACCCCAAUAUGAUAUCAUGGCCGGUUUGGAGAGACCAGUUAUGAAGAACAGCACAAAUUGUUGCUUGAUUCUCGCGGAGCUUUGUCAGAUGCCCAAGAAAAUGUCAGAAACAGAGAGAGAACAUGAGUUGCAGGGAAAAGAAUUUGGUGAAGGAGCAGACGAUGAUCAUGUGGAGGAGAGGUCUGAGAAUGGUUUUAUUGAUGGACUCACAGAGGGAAAGGUUAAAUCUAAUGUUCUGAUGGGGCAUCGUGACUCUAUUACAGGCUUAGCAGUUGGAGGAGAGUUUUUAUUUAGCUCCUCAUUUGACAAAACCAUCCAUGUGUGGGCUUUGCAGGACUUCUGUCAUGUACAUACAUUUAAAGGCCACGAGCAUACCAUUAAGGCUCUACUUUAUGCUGAUGAAGAGACACCCUUGUGCAUAAGUGGUGACAGUGGAGGUGGAAUAUUUGUCUGGGGCACAUGUUCCCCUCUCGGGCAAAAACCAUCACAGAUACUCUAUGAGCAGAAAGAUUGGCGCUUUAGUGGUAUUCAUGCCUUGGCUUUUAGAAAUGGAUAUAUUUAUACUGGCAGCGGAGACAGAACAGUAAAAGCAUGGUCUUUGCAGGAUGGCACCAUAUCAUGCACUAUGUCUGGUCAUAAAUCAGUAGUUUCAACACUUGCAGUUUGUGAUACUGUUCUUUAUAGCGGCAGUUGGGAUGGAACCAUUCGAUUAUGGAGUCUCGGUGAUCACAGUUCCUUGGCAGUACUAGGGGAAGACACAUCUGGAACUGUGGCUUCCGUCCUAACUCUUGCUGCUGUUAGAGAUGUGCUCAUUGCAACCCAUGAAAAUGGAUGUGUAAAGGUCUGGAUAAAUGAUGUGUUAAUGAAAUCCAUUGAAAUGCACAAUGGUGCAGUAUUUGCCACUGGCCUUGAUGGAAAUUGGCUUUUUACAGGAGGAAUGGAUAAAACUGUCAAUGUCCAGGAAUGGUCUGGUGAUGAAUUUCAAACAGAUUUCAGACCUAUCGGAUCCAUCCCUUGUGACUCUGUUAUUACAGCUAUGUUAUGCUGGCAAGGAAAGCUUUUUGUUGGAUUUACUAAUAGGAAUAUCAUGGUAUUCUACUAUGAUAUAUGACCACUGAUCAGGUAUACUACUAUUGUGAGGAAUAUAAACUGAGGCUGCUCAACCGAAUGGAUAGUUAAGGUGGGACAUGGGAGAUCUGAUAUGACUUAUCAAACUUCAAGCAUCCCACUGGUAGAUUUCUAUAGACUGCUUUAUGCUACAGUUUGGUUGCAGCAGCUUAGCAAUUUGGCAAAUACACGGUAUACCACAGAUGUUCCUGCCAAAUGUAAAAUGUUUAUGCAAAUACAUAGCAUAUCAUGAUGUACAUAUAACAAAUAUACAAGUCAGUGAUUUAGCCCAAAUGAAAUGGCAUGCCUGUAGAAAAAAUACCUUCAUUCGUUUCGGCUCCUCCAUGUUACACUCAUCUUUCACAUAAUUUCCUCGACCGUUCAGAUUCUUGUUCGCUUGUGAUAAACUACUACGAGUGACACAGUUCACUGAGUUCAGAACGUUUAUGG